AUGCCUGGGCACUUACAGGAAGGCUUCGGCUGCGUGGUCACCAAUCGAUUCGACCAGUUAUUUGACGACGAAUCGGACCCCUUCGAGGCAGCGGAGAACAAGAAAAAAGAAGCCGGCGUGGGCGGCGUUGGGGGCCCCGGGUCCAAGAGCGCCGCUCAGGCCGCCGCGCAGACCAACUCGAACGCGGCGGGCAAGCAGCUGCGGAAGGAGUCGCAGAAGGACCGCAAGAACCCGCUGGGGGACAAGAAGGAGGAGACGCAGCCGCCCGUGGCGCUCACCAAAGAAGGAAUAAGACGUGUUGGAAGAAGACCUGAUCAACAACUUCAGGGUGAAGGAAAAAUAAUUGAUAGGAGACCAGAAAGGCGAACACCUCGUGAACGACGAUUCGAAAAACCCCUUGAAGAAAAGGGUGAAGGCGGAGAAUUUUCAGUUGAUAGACCGAUUAUUGACCGGCCUAUCCGAGGCCGUGGCGGUCUUGGAAGAGGUCGAGGCGGCCGUGGGCGUGGAAUGGGACGAGGAGAUUGACUUGACUCUCGUGGCAAGCGUGAAUUCGAUAGGCACAGUGGAAGUGAUAGAUCUUCUUUCUCACAUUACAGUGGCCUGAAACAUGAGGACAAGCGUGGUGGUAGCGGAUCUCACAACUGGGGGACUGUCAAAGAUGAAUUAACUGACUUGGAUCAAUCAAAUGUGACUGAGGAAACACCUGAAGGUGAAGAACAUCCAGUUGCAGACACUGAAAAUAAGGAGAACGAAGUUGAAGAAGUCAAGGAAGAGGGUCCAAAAGAGAUGACUCUGGAUGAAUGGAAGGCGAUUCAGAAUAAGGACCGUGCAAAAGUAGAAUUUAAUAUUCGAAAACCAAAUGAAGGUGCUGAUGGUCAGUGGAAAAAGGGAUUUGUUCUUCAUAAGUCAAAGAGUGAAGAGGCUCAUGCUGAAGAUUCGGUUAUGGACCAUCAUUUCCGGAAGCCAGCAAAUGAUAUAACAUCUCAGCUGGAGAUCAAUUUUGGAGACCUUGGCCGCCCAGGACGUGGUGGCAGGGGAGGAAGAGGAGGCCGUGGGCGUGGUGGGCGUCCAAAUCGUGGUAGCAGAACUGACAAGUCAAAUACUUCUGCUCCUGAUGUAGAUGACCCAGAGGCAUUCCCAGCUCUGGCUUAACUGGAUUGCCAUCAAGACAACCCUGGUUCCUUUGUGGACCCUCCUGUCUGAGGUUUUGCAUGCUUAAGGAUCCCAACCGACUAAGAAAUUAAAAAAAAAAAAAAGACUGUCAUUCAUACCAUUCACACCUAAAGACUGAAUUUUAUCUGUUUUGAAAAUGAACUUCUCUCGCUACACAGAAGUAACAAUAUGGUAGUCAGUUUUGUAUUUAGAAAUGUAUUGGUAGCAGGGAUGUUUUCAUAAUUUUCAGAGAUUAUGCAUUCUUCAUGAAUACUUUUGUAUUGCUGCUUGCAAAUAUGCAUUUCCAAACUUGAAAUAUAGGUGUGAACAGUG